CGAACAGUCAAGCGACAAAGAUAACGCGGCCGCCGCUCUAGCUAUUUCCCUUCCCGGCUUCCGAACCCUAGAGCUCCGGCGACGGCCGAGGCGACAUCCCCGAGGUACCACCGAUCCCCGAUCCGAGGAGGAAGCGAUGCCGCCAGGACGAGGCCGGCGUGCGCGCACGGAGCAGCACCACCCGCCGGAGACCGGCCGCCGCGACGAGGGUGCUCCGUCCCGUCCCACGCCGCCGUUCCCCGCCUUCGCACCUCAGGGGAGGAGGACGAAAAGGCCGAGGCAGCCGCCGGCGGCGAGCCUCCCCUUCGCCGAGAUCCUGUCGCGGGUGCCGUACCGGUCGCUGUGCCGCUUCCGGUGCGUGUCCAAGGCGUGGCGAGUCCUCUGCUCCCACCGGGCCAUCGAAAGGAGGGUGCCGCAGACCCUCUCCGGAUUCUUCCACACCCACCACUCGGACGGCGGCCUCCGUUUCAGCAAUCUGCCCGGGGGAGGCGCCCCUCUGGUCAACGCUUCGCUCCCUUUCCUCCGCAGGAGGUACGCAAGCGUCAAGCUCGAACAAUGCAGCAGCAGCCUUCUUCUCUGCAAAUGCCGGGAAUCGGAGGAAGCCGAGGAAUGCGAUUACGUCGUGUGCAAUCCUAUGACCGGGCAGUGGACCGUGCUGCCUCCUAUAGUAUGGCAGGAUGAAGAGGAUGGUGAACCUGCAUAUUUCAAAGUGGUGCAGCCCUUCCUGGGUUUCGACCCGGCCGUUCCGUCCCGCUUUGUGGUGUUUUCGCCCCUUGUUGAGGUGUGCGACGAUGUGGCGAUAUACUUGUCGGAAACUGGGCGAUGGACUCGCAACAGUGAGUGGGGGGAUAACAGCGAGUAUCCUUCUUUUUCUGCAGAAUGUGCCUUCCUGAAUGGCAUGAUGCAUUUUCUGCAUUUGGUGAUCGAGGAACCUAUAAUAGCCGUUGUGGACGUAGAGGGGGAUGUUUGUGGGGAAAUUGCUUUGCCGGAAGGAAUGGAAGACGCCAGUUCUGGUUAUAGUUCAAUUGGGUACUCUCAGGGGAAAUUGCAUGCCUGGUAUAUGCAUCCUCAUUAUUACGAACUCUGUGUGUGGGUACUUGAGGAUUAUGCUAGUGAAAAGUGGACCCUAAAGCACACCGUUGACGUUCCAGAACUGUUUGGAAGGGAAUCCGCCGAAGAGGAUUGUGACGAAGAGGACAGGACCUAUAAGUACGAGAUGUUUGCAAUUCAUCCGGAGCAUAAUUUGAUUUUCCUUACUGACUGGAAGGAGGUGAAUCUGUCGUAUGAUAUGGAUAGCAAGGAAGUGCAUCUUAUGUGCACUUCUGGAGAUUUCCUGGGUGGCCUACCUUUUAUUCCCUCUUUCGCGGAUUUGGUUGUCGGAUGAUCGCUGAAAGUCGCUGCUGCUUCAUGCACUUAACGUGGUGGCACUAACGCCUUUGUAAAAAUCAGUUGUUGGUUGUGUGUGCGCCUAAUCUUCUAGUUCUGUGGCACAGGUUUGGAUAUGUCGUCCUAUCAUUCCAAAUUGUGCUUUUUAGGUGCAUGCCCUUCGCGGCUUUGAACAAUGUUGGUUAGCCGUAGAUAUUUUGUAAGGUUUGGGUAUGUCCCCCUAGCGUUCGGUGCGUGCCUUUCGCAGCUUUGAACAAUGUUGGUUAGCCGUAGAUAUUUUGUAAGCGACAAGCGGUCCAAUGUGUAAUACUUAGUUGUAUGAAUGACCUAGUCCCCUAUAUAUUUGCUUUAAUGUAGUACUAACUGCUGUGGCACUUGUUAUCUGUUCGUGUGGGCUGAAUGUAAGCUUAUAUUACCAUGUUUAGUAUCCUUUA